GUAGCAUUGUCUGAUCGAUUAAAGAUUAAAUAAAAUAUUACCGCGCCCCUUGAUCACAAUACUCUGUAAUAUGCGACAAAAAGAACAAAUUGGAUUGUUCUUAUUUUGAAUUUGUACGUCAUAAAAUGGAGUGCUCUGUAUAAAGAAUAGAAUCUCUAGUUAAUCCGCGCUAUCAUCCCCUCCAAAAUCUCAGAAAGUCAAGAGCAAAAGGGAUAAUGGCUCUGCGACGUUAUUGAGAAAUUGGAGGCAGUUUUGGUGUACUGCAAUACAAUUCGUCGAUCACCAUAGAUAACGAGAACAUUUUUGCCAUUAAUGAGUGCAUCAUCCUUCUGGUGAGGGACGAACGGUUCUUAAAAGUGAGAAAGAAUACACGUGAGAAAAAGAAAAGGGGCGACAGAGAUAAAGAGAGGGGAAAAUGUGUUCGAUCAAGACGAGUCAUUGUAAAUGUCAUGUAUUUUGUGACAGGGAAUGAUUUCAACGGUGUACCGAAGUUAAGAGUGCUGGAGGGAUUUGUAUUGACAGGGAUUCGAAUCGAUCAGUGACUGUGUUUCCGAAAAAAUACACAGCCGACUGGUUUUUCCACAACUUUUUGGUUAGUGGUUUCAAUCACGACCAUCUGGAUAUGGUACUUAGUCAGCUGUAGUCCGCAACACGCGUGAACGCACAGUUUAUACACUUAAUUGCUUGGUGCUUUCUUGAUUGUGGAAAAGGAUGUCAUUAAAACCAAAACAAAUUAGUUUUAAGCAAACAUGGGAAGUGUUGCAAGAGACUAUAAAGUGUAUAAUAACAUCGUCGAAUGUACCACACGCAGUAUGGAAUGACAGGUUCAGCGAUAUUUACUCUUUGUGCGUGGCUUAUCCAGAAUCAUUCGCAGAAGAGUUGUACAAUGAAACAAAGAAGUUUUUAGAAGGGCAUGUCUUUGAAUUACUAACAUCAGUAUGUGCAGAAAGUGAAUCGGGUUUAUUACAAGCCUACCGUCGUGCCUGGUGUGAAUAUUCACAGGGCACUGAUCAUUUGCAUCACUUGUAUUCAUAUCUAAAUCAACACCACAUCCGAAGACAAAAGUUUUCAGAGGCUGAGCUUAUUUAUGGCACGUCUUCCAGUAUGACUGCUGAUUAUCAAGAGCAAAUGGUGAUUGGAGAACUUGGCUUAGAUAUUUGGAAAAGAGGAAUGAUUACGCCUUUAAAGAAACAGCUGGUGUCUCAGUUGUUAGAAUGUAUUCAUGCCGAUAGAGUGGGCAAAGCUCAGACGGCGAAUACGGAAGUUAUUUGGAGUGUUAUACAUAGUUUUGUUCAAGUUGAACAGUACAAAUUAGUGGAUCAGUUAAAAAUGUACCAAACAAUAUUUGAAGCACCUUUUCUUGAGGCCAGUGGACAGUUUUAUACGAAUGAAGCAUUUACGUUACGUCAAAAGUCUAACAUAACAUAUUAUAUGGAAAAAGUUACGACUCAGUUUAUCCUGGAGGAGCUACGUGCUCAUAAGUUCCUUCAUACGAGUUCUGUGCCUAAAGUAAAACUGUGCUUUGAGGAGAAGAUGAUAGCCACGUACAUGACCUGGCUUCACACGGAAGCUGAAAGUAUGAUACAAAAUGAGAGAAAAAGCGAUCUAUCACUCUUGUAUCCAUUAUUAAGGCCACUACCUGGUGGCUUAACUCCUGUUGUACAAAAACUUACUGAACAUAUUACUGCACAAGGACUCAAAGCCAUUGGGAAUUUACAGGGAGAAAAUGUACACACGCAAUUUGUCGAGAAUAUGUUGGAUGUGCAUAAAAAAUACUCAAAAUUUAUCAAGGACGUAUUCAAUGACGACUUAACGUUUAUGGCUGCUCUAGAUAAAGCUUGUUCGGCGAUAGUGAAUCACAGGACAGCUCCACGACAGCCAGUUAAGGCACCUGAAUUAUUAGCUAAAUACUGCGAUUCCUUACUGAGGAAAUCAGCUAAGGCCGCGUCAGAAGUGGAGGUCGAGGAAAAAUUAGCAAGUUGCAUCACCGUGUUCAAAUACGUGGACGACAAAGAUGUUUUUCAAAAGUUCUACGCUCCUAUGUUGGCGAAACGGUUAAUACAUCAACAGUCACAGUCAAUGGACGCGGAGGAAUCGAUGAUCGAACGUCUGAAACAAGCUUGCGGAUACGAGUUCACGAAUAAACUUCAUAGAAUGUUCACCGACAUGUCGGUGUCGGCGGAUUUGAAUGCUAAAUUCACCGCAAGUUUAAGGGAAGGCGAUAGGGAAAACCAACUGCGCAUAGGUUUUGUAGUAUAUGUGUUGCAAGCAGGUGCAUGGCCUUUAGCUCUGCCACCAACCUCAGGACCAUUUCACAUACCCCAACAAUUAGAGAAGUCUAUACAGUCGUUCGAGGCGUUCUACCACGCACAAUUUAGUGGUCGAAAGGUUACCUGGUUGCAUCAUCUUUGUCAAGGCGAACUCAAGUUUAAUUACUUGAAGAAACCUUAUUUGGUGGUUGUACAAACAUACCAAAUGGCAUUAUUGCUUCUAUUCGAGCAUUGCAAUUCGAUACAGUGCCGGGAAGCUGCAGCAUCAUUGCAUUUGUCGCACGAUCAGUUGGUCAAACAUGCGGCUAGUUUAGUAGAUAGUAAAAUUUUGAAAAAGUCUACGGAAGGAGAGCUGGAGGAGGAUACCGUCCUGUCGCUCAAUUUUGAUUAUUCCAAUAAGAGAAUGAAAUUUCGUAUAACUGGCGCGUUGCAACGGGACGUGCCACAUGAAAACCACGACACGGAAGCCACGCAUCGCAGUGUUGACGAAGACAGAAAAUUGUACCUACAGGCAGCUAUAGUCCGUAUUAUGAAGAGCCGUAAGGUUCUGCGACAUAAUCAACUGAUACAGGAGGUACUAAGCCAACCAAAAGUAACGUUCACUCCUUCGAUUGGUAUGAUCAAAAAAUGUAUCGAAGCUCUCAUAGAUAAGCAGUAUAUUGAGCGCACGCCGAAUAACGCAGAUGAGUAUUCGUACGUCGCAUAACUUUAAUGUACCAUCUGUCACCAUCAUUAAUUUAUUUCGUUUGGGAUGCUCCGCUUGAUCGUUGAGAACACUAGAAACUUUUGCUAACAUUUAAACGAAUCGAGUUAUCUGUCGCAUAGAUAUUUCUUAAAGGAAUCUCUAGGUCGAAAACUGAAUCUCUUAAAUAAAUGAUCAGAAGAAGCGUCCUGAAUUACUUACUUGCUCCUAAAGAUCAACCAAUUCAAUAACUUAGUUGAUUUAAUGAUUUGUAAUAUAUGCACACCGAAAUAAAGCUAACGUUACUAUUUUA